AUGAAGCCAUCUAAGAAGUUUGUGCAGGGUUCCUGGGGAGAAACUUCACUGAUACCUAAAUCUUUCUGUAGCCAGAGUUGCAUUUCAGGAUAUAGGAAAAUUCCACAAGAAGGAAGGCCUUUUUGUUGCUUUAUUUGUGCUUUUUGCCCAGAGAGACACAUUUCCAACCACACAGAUGCAGAGCAGUGUGUCCAGUGCCAGCUCGAGUAUCCAAACAGUGAGAGGAAUCGCUGCCUCCCAAAAGUUUUGACCUUCCUGGCCUUCAAGGAUUUCUUGGGGAUGUCACUGGCCUGUAUGGCUCUGUGCUUCGGUGUCAUCACAGCUGAGGAUUUGUGGAUCUUUGUGAAGCACCGAGACACCCCCAUAGUCAAGGCCAAUAACGGGGCUCUCAGGGAUGUCCUGCUCAUCUCCCUCCUCCUGUGCCUCUUCUGCUCCUUACUCUUCAUUGGCUGUCCCAGCACAGCCACCUGCCUCCUCCAACAAAUCACCUUUAGAGCUGUGUUCACUGUAGCUGUUGCUGCUGUUCUGGCCAAAACCUUGACUGUAAUUCUGGUAUUCAAGGCCAGGACACCGGGAAGAACCAUGGGGCGACUGCUGGUAACGGGAGCCUCUAACUAUGUCAUUCCCAUGUGCUCCCUGAUCCGAGUGACUAUCUGUGGAGUCUGGCUGGGAACCUCUCCUCCGUUCCUUGAGAUGGACACUCAUUCUGACCCCAAAGAGCUCACUGUCAUGUGCAACAAGGGUUCAGUCACUGCCUUCUACUGUGUCCUGGGAUACCCGGGCUCCUUAGCCCUGGGGACUUUCUCCUUGGCUUUUCUGGCCGGGAACCUGCCUGACACCUUCAAUGAAGCCAAGUUCCUGACUUUCAGCAUGCUGUUCUGCAGGAUCUGGGUCACCUUUCUCCCAGUCUACCACAGCACCAAGGGCAAGGUCAUGGUGGCUGUGGAGAUCUUCUCCAUCUUGGCCUCCAGUGCUGGGCUUCUAAGCUGUAUCUUUGUCCCAAAGUGCUAUAUUAUUCUUAGAAGACCUGAGAAGAACUCUUUGAAAGGUUUCAGGAAUGAAGUAGAUUUUAAGAUAAAUAGGCAUUGA